AUGUUUAGAAGUUCUACUUUUUUAAAGGCAAAUCUUAAGAAUGUUAGAUUUAACUCUUCAUUACCAUUGUCAGUUAAAUUAAACUUACCAAAUGGUAUCAGUUACGAACAACCAACUGGUCUUUUCAUCAAUAAUGAAUGGGUUAAACCACUCCGUGGUGAAACUUUAGAAGUUACUAGUCCUUCAACCGAAGAAGUCAUUACUAAAGUUUACCAAGGUUUAGAAGAUGAUGUUGAUGUUGCCGUUGCUGCUGCUAAAAAUGCUUUUGAAACCACUUCUUGGGCCACUGGUGACCCAACUGCUAGAGUUAGAGCUUUAUUAAAAUUAGCCGAUUUAUAUGAAGAACAUGCUGAAACUUUAGCUUCAAUUGAAGUUUUAGAUAACGGUAAAUGUAUUGCUAAUGCUAGAGGUGAUGUUGCUUUAUCAGCCAACUAUUUAAGAUCAGCCGCUGGUUUUGCUGACAAAAUGCACGGUGAAUUCAUUGAAACUGGUAAUACUCACUUAAAUUACACUAGAAAAGAAGCCAUUGGUGUCGUUGGUGCCAUUGUUGCUUGGAAUUUCCCAUUAAUGUUGUUAUCAUGGAAAUUAGGUCCAGCUUUAGCUGCUGGUAACACCAUGGUUAUCAAAUCUGCUGAAGCCACUCCAUUAUCUGCUUUAUUCGUUGCCAAUUUAAUCAAAGAAGCUGGUUUCCCAGCAGGUGUUGUUAACUUCGUUACUGGUUUAGGUCCAACUGUUGGUGAAAGAAUCUCUACUCACCCUGACAUUGGUAAAAUUACCUUUACUGGUUCUACUUUAGUCGGUAAAAGAAUUAUGAGAAAUGCUUCUGAAACUGUUAAGAAAGUCACUUUAGAAUUAGGUGGUAAAUCUGCUAACAUUGUCUUCCCAGAUGCUGAUAUUGACAGAGCCGUUGAAAACAUUUAUCCUUCAAUCUUCUACAAUACCGGUGAAGUUUGUUCUGCUGGUUCAAGAUUAUACGUUCAUGAAGAUAUUUACGAUGGUUUCAUUUCAAGAUUACUCGAAAAAGUUAAAACUAUCAAGAUGGGUAACCCAUUCGAUGAAUCAGUUGUUAUGGGAGCUCAAAACUCCGUUGCUCAAUUCAAGAAAAUCUUGAAAUAUAUUGAAAUUGGUAACGCUGAAGGUGCUAAAUUAUUAACUGGUGGUAAAAGACAUGGUAACAAAGGUUAUUUCGUUGAACCAACCAUCUUUACUGAUGUUAAACCAAACAUGAGAAUUGUUCAAGAAGAAAUCUUCGGUCCUGUUUUAGCUGUUUCUAAAUUCUCAAGUACUGAUGAAGUUAUUAAAGCUGCUAACGAUUCUACUUACGGUUUAGCUUCAGGUAUCCACACUUCAAACAUUAACACUAUUGCUAAAGUUUCAAGUCAAUUGAAAGCUGGUACUGUUUUCGUUAACACUUAUAACGAUUUCAACCCAGCUGUUCCAUUCGGUGGUUUCAAACAAUCUGGUUUCGGUAAAGAAAUGGGUAAAGAUGCUUUAGACUCUUAUAUCCAAAUCAAAGCCGUCAGAGCUGGUAUUUACUAA